AUUCCUUUUGAAAUUAUAGUGCCUUUUUUUUCUGUAUGUAUGUUGUAUUACGAAGCAUACAACGAUAUGGCAACAUUGUUAGUAACAAACACCAGCGUCAUCUGUCGGUUUAUCCGUCACUACUCCACCUGUUUGCAAUAUUUUACGGCGAAUAUCGCACAGACCUAAGCGAAUAUGUAAAAAAUGAAAACAUCAAAAUAAUUUUUGUUUCCUCACAUUUGCUGAUAAAUUAAUUCUGCUGUCUGCCUUUUGUCGGAAACUUAAUACGUUGUGUUGUAUGGAACACGCAGUGAAUUGAAGUGAAGCCAAGAAUAGCAACAAUAAUAAGUAAACGUGCACAUAAUAAAACAACAUUGUUUAAAAAGUUUUCGCAAUUGUUUAGCAAUAAAAAGUGAAAAGUUGUAUAUUAUUUAAGAGAGUGUAAAUUUUAUGAAUGGAGCAAAGUGAAGAACUAAACGACAGUUUGGAGCACGGCAACAACGUCAUAGCGUCUGUACCCAGAAUGAUGACAAUGCGCGACGAUGCAAAUGCAGGAAUAAUUGUACCAUUCGAGGUUGAAUCGAAUUCGCAAUUGCCUGCUACGUCAGUGUGUGUAACAUCAAGUGUAGCAGCAACUACAACAACAAUGGUUGAAAACGCUACUGCAGCUGAUGCCGUAAUCGAUCUAUGCAAUACCAGCCCAACCCCUUCUACAUCCAAGACAGCUGCUGCUGCUGCUGCAUCAGUCAUAAAUGUGGAUAGCAGUCCGGAGGAGCAAUCGCCUAAUGAUGAAGAUGUUGCAGGACCUUCAGCGGUAAUCGAGUGCCCAAUUUGCCUUCAAACAUGUAUACAUCCAGCGCGCCUGCCAUGUGGGCAUAUCUUUUGUUUCCUAUGCGUGAAAGGCGUGGCCUACAAAAAUCGACGUUGUGCUAUGUGCAGACGAGAAAUACCGCCUGAAUUUUUAGACCAUCCCGAUUUGGUGAAUGGCAUCGAUGAUAUUUGCGCAACAAAAUCCACCGAAGACGGUUAUCAGUGGUUCUAUGAGGGACGUAAUGGUUGGUGGCAGUACGAUGAUCGUACCAGUCAGGAUAUUGAAGAGGCUUUUAAGAAAGGUGAAAAAUCCUGCAUCAUAUUAGUAGCUGGUUAUGUCUACGUAGUCGAUCUGGAAACAAUGGUGCAACAACGUCAAAAUGAGCCGAGUCGUUGCCGACGCGUUAAGCGUGAUCUGGCUACAAUACCCAAAAAAGGUGUAGCUGGCCUACGUAUCGAGGGCAACACCGUCAUAACCGAUUCGAAUUUCGCUUCACAAAUCUAUCAGCAACAACAGCAACAAAGUAUAACUGUUGGUCUGGGUGCUUCCAAUACGCCAACCGAUUCCUCUUCCGAUCUCAGUUUACCACUCAAUUAUUAUAGCAUGCGACACCCAGCCAAUGCAAGUGAUUUCAUCUCGACUAUUGCCGCCACCGAUGCCGCAAUACGCAUAGCCAGCGAUAUAAUUGGCUCAACGUUGGCGCAUGCUGAUGAACUGUCGCGCAACACAGCCGCAGCAAAUGCAGCCUCCGCACAACAACAACAAAACCAACAGCAUACAGACGAUGCCAAUAUCGUGCAACGCAUGAGUGGUGAGAAUACAGGGAAUUACAGUGGCGGCUAUGCAACAACGGGUAACGGCACGGCUGGCACAUCCACGUCAUCAAGUUUGACGAGCGGCGGCAGUGUUGCCGCUGCGGCGCUUGUAGCGCAUGGUAGUCGCGAGUUGCUUGAUGCAGCUGAAGAUCUGUUGGAUGCGACACAGAAUGUCAUCUCCGAAGCUGAUCAGCAGACAAUCGAUCUGUUUGAGCAAACAUUGAACGAUUUCCAUGCGUUGACAUUACGCAAUAUCAUCGACUCGGACAGUGACGAGGAAAAUGGUGGUGACGUGGACGGCCGCUAUGCGCAGCGUCAUAUACGUUUCUAGAAGUGCGCAGGGAAAUGAGUUGGACGCAAUUGAGCGCCCUCAAAUACACAUACACACACAAACAAAAUAAUUACCAAAUUUAUGUUCAUAUGUUUGUCAUUGUUGUUUAGGGAAGUGUGCAUUUACAUUAAAAGUAUUCGGCAGCGUGCGUUGUACUCACGUCUAGUAUAUCGGAAGUGUGUGCAAUCAACAUAUAAGCAUAAUAGUUACACCAACGUUUGUAUGUAUGUAUGUGCCUGUAUAUUUAAUACUUACAAUCACUUGAAAACCGAGAAUUUGAAGAUCGCUUAAAAUAACUUAAAUUAAAUAGUUAAGGUUUGGAAAAGUAUGUAAAGCAAAAAUAUAAUACAUUCAUUAUAAAUAAGCGCAAAUAAUUGUUAGUGUAGCAACAUAAGAAUUAGAUAGAUAUGGAGUUCAGCAAUGAGACGACAUUAAAAACUGUAAGAUAUGUACCUGGUAAACGAAAAUCUAUAAAUUCUAUAUAAGCCUACAGUUUUUAAGUCGGCUUAUUCAUUUUUGGGGAAAUUCACAGAUGAAUGGUAUGCAAAAUCGGUAUGAAAAGCACUACAAAAUAUUCAAAAGUGACUUGCCAAAUAGAAAAGUGUGGAAAACUCUUCAGACGCUCAUAAAAAAUAUUCUAAAUAUAUAGCUAAGAACUAAAUAUAAUCCUAUAUACCAUAUAUUAAAACACGUAGAAAAUAGUUUAGUUAAGGGAAUAAGAAAAAACGCCAAUUAAGUUGUUAUGAAUUAAUGCUUCCGAUAUAUAUUUUUUAAAACUUACAUAUAAAGUGAUAUCUAAAAUUAACAAUAAAAGCUCGUAUUAGUAGCAGUCGUAGUCAGCUAUUUAAUAUAUUGUUUUAAAUAGCCAUUUGCAUCAUAACCUCAAAUUUUAAAAAUGAGUUCGUAGUAAAAAACUUUAUUAUUAAUAUUAUUUACUUAAAACUUGCGCCAUAACCUCAAAUUUUAGAAAUUAAUUCUAAUUGGAAAAAUCGGCAAAUUAAUUCGUUUCCUUUUGUUCAUUUAUUUGUUUAAAUUAAAAGUUCCGUCUUAAUCUAAAAAUUUAUAAAUGAAUUUGUAGUAAUGAAAACAACAAAUUUAUUUGUUGACUUCAUUAUUAUUAUUUUAUUUUUAAAUUGAAACUUGCGUCAUAACCUUAAAUUUUAUAAAUUAUUUCGUAUUAAGGAAACAGCAAAUUGGUUGCUAAACUUUCUUUUGGUUAUUUAUUUGUUUUUGAAAAUUAAAACUUGCGUCAUAACCUCAAAGUUAGUAAUUUAAUUUCUAUGAAUGAAGUAUUUUUUUUUUUACAAAAAGGUUGAAAAGAUAUUUUAUUGUGUAAUGACUAUUAGCAGUGAAUAAUCUUAUUUUUCAUCGAUGAUUCGAUAAAUGACAAUUAUAUAACAUAAAUGAUAAUUCAAUAUAUACAAACAUACAUUUUAUAAACAAUAUUGUAGUUUUCUAAGGACUAAAUUGUCAAAAUCAAUUAUUUGGAACAUUUUAAAGCCAAAUUUGCUUUAAUUUAUAAUCAAAGAAUUUAAUUUAUAGACCUAACUCUGUUAUAUAAUGGCGUAAAAAGUUAUUUUACGACUAAUUUUGUGGACGUAACUAGACUUUCAGUGUCUUAGAAAUGACUGUCAUAGAGCACUUAGGCGUUGAAAAGUUCAUUAAGGGCACACCUAGCGUGACAGCUUAUUAAAACGUCGUUUUUGGAAAUUACAAAAAAAACUAUUUAUCGAUUGUUUUGAAAUUUUCAGGUUAUAUUAUAUUCAUAUUUACAAUUUUCAAGAAUACAAUACAUAAUGAGAAAAAUGCGUUAUUGGAUAAACUGAUGGAGCUGAUUGAACCGAGCGGUACCAAUUUAGUAGGCUGUAAUUCAAAAACUAUUUGAGAUAUCGAUUUGAAAUUUUAGUAUGUAAUUUUUAAAGGUAUAAACUAUCGAUAUAAACAAUUUUGUUCAAAAUUUCACAAUAGGUGUGCCUCUUAAAGCAUUUUAGGACUUCUUUGCUUAUAUGCAGAGGGGUUGCAAACAACGAAUUAAAAAAUAAUUUAAAUUACAUUGGAAUAUUUUUUUUAUUUUAUCAUUUGUAAAUGCUUAGUCUCAAACACCGAUAAAAAAAUUUAAUUUUGCUCUUUUCUAAUAAUUAAAAAUUAAAAAGAACAUAUUUUUUGAAGUUACAUACUUUCGCGCUUACAUACUUCGUGUUACGCCAUUUUGGUUAUCUUUUGAAAAUAAAAGCCUAUUUUUAAUAAAAUAUCAACACAGUUUUGCUCUUUUUGGCUUAUUUAUAUUUAAUUGCUUUUAACUAUAGCGUUUCAUCAAGAAAUAUGUGAAUAUUUUUUCUUUUUUUUUAUCCCUUUUCAUAUCAGCUUUUAAUUUGAAACAUUUUUUUUAUUCUGUUACUACAAUUUUUAAAUUCGAAAAUAUUUUCCCAAUUUGUAAUGCAAGUUGUUUGAGUAAAAAAAUUAAAUUUCAAAAUUGAGACUAAAAAUUUUGAAUUAAAAAAUUCGCAACCCUGAUGCAAAGUAAAAGACUUUUCAAGGCGGCAAAUAGCUUUGUUAUUAUUUUUAUAAUAUCGAUUUUUUCAAGUAAAAAGCGAUAUAAGUUCGAUUAUUGUAGCUUUUUAACAUUCAAAAAUUGUGCGGAACAUUAAAAGAAAAAAAUCAUAAAAUGAACCAAAGUGCAUAAUUAAACUUUGCAAUUUUUUUUGUUAUUUCUUAAGUUAACGUUAGAUUUAAGUUGCGUUUUAAUUCUUAUUAAAUUUUCAAAAUUUCAUUUAAUGAAUAUCUUUUGAUCUUCCUUCAAAACUGUAAGCGCUCUUACGCUCGUUAUUGAGAAAUAUAACUACAUACAUACAUAUAUACAAACAUACUACAAAUAUAUACACUAUAAUAUUAGUUAUAAAUACAGUUAUAAUAUAUAUAAUGAACACCAGUACAUAUAUUAGUUAGCUAUAAAUACGUGAUGGUAGUAAUAGCCAAUUGCUUAGCAAGUAGAAAUAAUAUUAGAGCCUACCAGUAAUAAUUAUGCUAAGUGUUAAGUGAAACAAGGAUGUAUACUUAAUUAGGCCUAAAGCGCUGUACUUACACCUUCUACUACAUAUGACUAAAGAACAUUACUUAUAUGUAUGUAUUCCGCGUAUUCUCGCAAAAUGUUUGUUCAUUUAUAUGUAUUCUUAUAUUUUAAUAAUGUACUAAUAAUUAUAUUCAUUAAUAUUAUUAUUUUUUUAUUUCCUGAUCAUAGGCGUGAAUCGCUCCUCCCACCUUUUCCUUUCCGUGCAAUGUAUACUCAAAGAUUGUCUCGUCAGUAUAUUGGAAUUUUACAAAUCCCUACUGAUACCCAACUACUGUGUAGAUAAUUAAAGCAAAAUUGUCAGCCAAUUGUUUGCCAGCACAAGCAAACGCGUUAAACAUAAAAUAUUGUAGUCGUAAGUUUUUUUGGGUUUUCUAUUGAAAAAUUUCUUAACCUUAUUGUUAGGAGCACGGCAAACUAAAAGCGCAUUGUCAUUCAAUUCAUAUCAUUAAAAAAGUUAAUAUUUUGCUCACUUAUAUAGGAUGCCUAAUUUUCUAAUGGAAAAAAGUCAUAAUUAUAACCUAUAAUAAUUCAUUGUACUCAAUUCAUGAAAAUAAUUUUAUUUACUAAAUUUUCAUUUACAUUAUUUACUAUUUAAAAAAACAACACACACACACACUCUGCGGUUUAUUCAAAAAGCAUAUUAAUGCAAGCAUAACAUUUCAUUUAAUGUUAUAUUUUUUUGAAUAUUAUAAGUAUGUAAGCGAAAAUUAUUUUUAUAAAAAUAUUAAAGCAAUAAAAAAGUAGCAAUAAAAACCCUAACUGGCAUGUUACAUAGGUUUUCCGCUAACUUGUUUACUUCAUGACAUGUUCUGUGUUAUUGCCGAACGCGAAAAAUAUAAUUUACGAACUUUUAUUAGCCACUGUAGACAUACACAAACAUACUUCCAUAUACUACAAUAUUUCUAAAGCAAAAACAAAAAUAAAUUCUAUCUAUCGGCUUGUGGUCUCAAACACUUCACAACAAACACAAAAAAUGCAUUUUCUUUUCUCCAAGCUCUACACUUUCUAUAUUUAUUACAAACUUAUCGCAUUCCAUGGGUUCAUCUGCGCGCGUUCUAUAUCUGAUAAGCUUCUAAAACUUAUUUGGAAAACUCUUAUUAAUCAAGCACACUGGAUAAAUUCUGCUCCUUCAUAUCUAUGCUAUUGCGCAACUCUCAUUUAGCACCGCGUAGUGCAGUGGUCAGCAUCAUGUCAACUUUCAUUCUUAACAAAAAUUCGAAAAGUGCACAGAUUUUACACACUUUGCUCUUCUGCAGUGAAGUAUUUACGCUCAUUUAUCUUUAAAUAGAUUUGACAAUAUUUCCAUUCAUUUAUUUGCUUGUUUUCCAGAGUCAAAGCAAGUACACAGCAAAGGUUUGUUCGAAAGGCUUGAAACCGACGGCCAAAUACAUAUAUAUACAUACAUAUAUAAGGUGUACUCCUCGAAACAAUUAAACAUUUCGUUUAUAAAACUUUAAUAAAUACUAAAUUAUAGUGUGAUAAUUUAUUUGAUGAGUAGUAUUUUAUAUGUAAGUUGUCAAAGCAAAUUUCUUAAAGUGUGGUAAUAGUCUACUAAAGACUUUUUAUGAGUAUGUUGAGAAGAUAAUUGAUUUUUGUUGAGGAAAGGAGCAUUUUUUGCAUUGUGACUUCCUGUCCCACUAGCUAUAUUUUAUUCAUAUUUUGAAAAUUUUUCACUAAAAAAAUUAUGAAAAUUUCCAUUUAGAUAUUAACACCAUAACUACCGGCCGCCGGUCAACCGGAUAACUUGUGACCGCACAAUAUUAAAUAUAUUUCAAUAAAUUUUUUGUAGCAUUGUAAAAAAUAUAACAAGUUUGCAAAAGAAAAAA